CUCCAGAUUUCAGCCAUAAGAUGAAAGCCUCUGGUCUUGCCUUCAGCCUUCUUUCUGCUGCAUUUUAUCUCCUCUGGACUCCUUCCACUGGACUGAAGACACUCCAUUUGGGAAAGUGUGUGAUCGCCACAAACCUUCAGGAAAUACGAAAUGGAUUUUCUGAGAUACGGGGCAGUGUGCAAGCCAAAGAUGGAAACAUUGAUGUCAGAAUCUUAAGGAGGACUGAGUCCUUACAAGACACAAAGCCUGCAGAUCGGUGCUGCCUCCUGCGCCAUUUGCUAAGACUCUACCUGGACAGAGUAUUUAAGGACUACCAGACUCCUGACCAUCAUACUCUCCGGAAGAUCAGCAGCCUCGCCAAUUCCUUUCUUACCAUCAAGAAGGACCUCCAGCUCUGUCAUGCCCACAUGACAUGCCAUUGUGGGGAGGGAGCAACGAAGAAAUACAGCCAGAUUCUGAGUCACUUUGAAGAGCUUGAGCCUCAGGCAGCAGUUGUGAAGGCUUUGGGAGAACUAGACAUUCUUCUGCAAUGGAUGGAGGAGACAGAAUAGGAGGAAAGUGAUGCUGCUGCUAAGAGUACUCGAGGCCAAGAGCUCUAGUCCUCACUACCUGCAGAGGCAUGACCCCAAAC